AUGUAAAAACUUGCUAAAAUGUAGUACUCUAGAGCUUUGUAGCAUACAUAAAUAUAUUUGAAUUUCUGGUUAAAUAUCGUAAAAAGAGCGCAACGAAUUCACGUCUUCUGGAAAAAUUGCCGAAACCGAAGUCGAAAGGGGAAACUUAUUAGCACUGCGGCAACCCUAGACUAUAAGAAGCCUAAAACAAUUUAUGAUUGUUUUUCCAGAUAUUUAGGGGUUUUCGAAAACGUUCGCUAAUCCAGCACCAGGUGUUCCCAAAAGUAUCAGUAGCAUAUAGCCUAUAUAUCGUAUAUAUAUUCGGGGCGCAUAUUAGCUGCAGCUGUCAGUGAUAAUUGAACUGGUAAGGCACCAAGAUGGGCAAUGUACUGGAAGCAAAAGUAUCCUGCGAUAGGCCCGUGGCCGUGGUCCAACCAAUGCCAGCGGUGAGCAGCAGCAGCAGCAGCCCAGCUGAAGAUUCAGCCGCGACGGAACAGCAGGAGGAGGGCGAGGUGGAGGAGGAGGAGUCAUAUCCCAAGGCCAAUGUGACUUUGCAUCUGUUUCAUUAUCGCCAGCAAAUGGCACUGAAGGAUCAUCAUGUGGUGAAGUGGGCCACCUCGAAACUGUUGCUCACCGAGGAGCUGCUCAAGCAGCAGGAGUCGCAGCUGCCGCGCCCGCAGGGAUUUCUGGACGACGAUGCAGCCUGGGCUGAAAGCCAAUUGGCGCUGUUGACGGACGACGAGGAUGCCAACGAUGAGAAUCUGGCGCCCAUGGAGCACGAGGGACUCGGCAAUGAACUGAACAAUCUGAUGAAAUACAGACUAAAGCUGCGCGACACCAUUGUCCAGGUGGCCCAGGAGAAGAUGCGCAAGCGUGAGAAGACAAAGCUGAAGCGUUUGAAACGCCGCACACUCAUCUCCUCGAAGAAGCCCAGCAACAAGGACAAGCAUCGACACGCAUAUUGAGUCCUUAAUUCUAGUUGAUUUGAAAUUAAUCGUUCUGUACAUAUACACAUAUAUCC